CUGCUUGUGAAGGAGGGUAGAUAGAAACUAAAAAAAGAGAAAAAAGAAAGGGAGGGAGGAAACGAACGCUCCAGUUUAACCAUAGCUUGUAGCGAGGUUGCAGCCGUCGGAAAGGGAGUUUGAUUCGCUGCGUAACGGACAUCGACGGAGCCAUCGGUUUUUGCUAGCCACCCCAAAAACGUCUGCAUCUGAAUAGCAGGUAAAUAUUCGACAACCAUGUCGGACGCAGACAAGUUCCUGUAUGUGGACCGCAACAUAGUGAACAACCCGCUGGCGCAGGCCGACUGGGCCUCCAAGAAGCUGGUGUGGGUGCCGUCGGAGCGCCUGGGCUUCGAGGCGGGCUCGCUCAAGGAGGAGCAUGGCGACGAGGCCACGGUGGAGCUGGCCGACUCGGGCAAGAAGGUGCGCAUCAACAAGGACGACAUCCAGAAGAUGAACCCGCCCAAGUUCAGCAAGGUGGAGGACAUGGCCGAGCUCACCUGUCUCAACGAGGCCUCCGUGCUGCACAACCUGAAGGAGCGGUACUACUCCGGCCUCAUCUACACAUAUUCUGGGCUGUUCUGUGUGGUGAUCAACCCUUACAAGAACCUGCCCAUCUAUUCUGAAGAGAUCAUUGAGAUGUACAAGGGCAAGAAGCGUCACGAGAUGCCCCCGCACAUCUACGCCAUCACCGACACAGCCUACAGGAGUAUGAUGCAGGACCGUGAAGACCAGUCUAUUCUGUGCACAGGCGAGUCUGGAGCCGGCAAGACUGAGAACACCAAGAAGGUCAUUCAGUAUCUGGCUCACGUGGCCUCCUCCCACAAGACCAAGAAAGAUCAGAACAGCUCGGUCCUGUCACAUGGGGAGCUGGAGAAACAGCUGUUGCAGGCCAAUCCCAUCCUGGAGGCCUUCGGUAAUGCCAAGACCGUCAAGAACGACAACUCUUCCCGAUUUGGCAAAUUCAUCAGAAUCAACUUUGACGUCAAUGGAUAUAUCGUGGGAGCCAACAUUGAGACCUAUUUGCUGGAGAAGUCCCGUGCCAUCAGGCAGGCCAAGGACGAGAGGACUUUCCACAUCUUCUACUACAUGCUCACAGGAGCUGGAGACAAGCUGCGCUCUGAACUGUGCCUCGAGGGCUACAACAACUACCGGUUCCUGUCCAACGGCAACGUGACCAUCCCCGGCCAGCAUGACAAAGACAUCUUCAACGACACCAUGGAGGCCAUGAGGAUCAUGGGAAUCCCUGAGGACGAGCAGAUCGGUCUGCUGCGGGUCAUCUCGUCCGUGCUGCAGCUGGGCAACAUGAGCUUCAAGAAGGAGCGCCACACGGACCAGGCCUCCAUGCCGGACAACACGGCGGCGCAGAAGGUCAGCCACCUCAUGGGCAUGAACGUGACCGACUUCACCCGCGCCAUCCUGUCGCCCCGCAUCAAGGUGGGCCGCGACUACGUGCAGAAGGCCCAGACGCAGGAGCAGGCCGAGUUCGCCGUGGAGGCCCUGGCCAAGGCCACCUACGAGAGGAUGUUCCGCUGGCUGGUCAUGCGCAUCAACAAGGCCCUGGACAAGACCAAGCGCCAGGGGGCCUCCUUCAUCGGCAUCCUGGACAUCGCUGGCUUUGAGAUCUUUGACCUGAAUUCCUUUGAGCAGCUCUGCAUCAACUACACCAACGAGAAGCUGCAGCAGCUCUUCAACCACACCAUGUUCAUCCUGGAGCAGGAGGAGUACCAGAGGGAGGGCAUCGAGUGGAGCUUCAUCGACUUUGGCCUGGACCUGCAGCCCUGCAUCGACCUCAUUGAGAAGCCAGCCAGUCCCCCUGGUAUCUUGGCCUUGCUGGAUGAGGAGUGCUGGUUCCCCAAGGCCACGGACAAAAGCUUUGUGGAGAAGGUGCUGCAGGAACAGGGCACGCACCCCAAGUUCUUCAAGCCCAAGAAACUCAAGGACGAGGCCGACUUCAGCAUCAUCCAUUAUGCCGGAAAGGUCGACUACAAAGCGGUGGAGUGGCUGAUGAAGAACAUGGACCCCCUGAACGACAACGUUGCCUCUCUGCUCAACCAAUCGACAGACAAGUUUGUGUCAGAGCUCUGGAAGGAUGUGGAUCACAUUGUGGGACUGGACAAGGUGGCGGGGAUGUCCGAGCUGCCAGGUGCCUUCAAGACGCGCAAGGGCAUGUUCCGCACGGUGGGCCAGCUCUACAAGGAGCAGCUGUCCAAGCUCAUGGCCACGCUCCGCAACACAAACCCCAACUUUGUGCGCUGCAUCAUCCCCAACCACGAGAAGAAGGCGGGUAAGCUGGACCCGCACCUGGUUCUGGACCAGCUGAGGUGCAAUGGUGUGCUGGAGGGAAUCCGUAUCUGCAGACAGGGCUUCCCCAACCGCAUCGUCUUCCAGGAGUUCAGGCAGAGAUACGAGAUCCUCACUCCCAACUCCAUCCCCAAGGGCUUCAUGGAUGGCAAACAGGCCUGUCUGCUUAUGAUCAAAGCCCUGGAGCUGGACCCCAAUCUGUACCGUAUCGGUCAGAGCAAAGUGUUCUUCCGUGCCGGAGUGCUGGCCCAUCUGGAGGAGGAGAGGGACAUGAAGAUCACCGACGUCAUCAUCAGCUUCCAGGCCUGGUGCCGUGGUUUCGUGGCCCGCAAGGCGUUUGCUAAGAGACAGCAACAGCUCACUGCUAUGAGGGUGAUUCAGAGGAACUGCGCGGCUUACCUCAAGCUGAGAAACUGGCAGUGGUGGAGACUCUUCACCAAGGUGAAGCCCCUGCUGCAGGUGAGCAGGCAGGAGGAGGAGAUCCAGGCCAAGGACGACGAGCUGAAGAAGGUCAAGGAGAAGCAGCAGUUUGCCGAGGUGCAGCUCCAGGAGAUGGAGGGCAAGCAGCAGCAGCUCAAUGCCGAGAAGAUGGCCCUGCAGGAGCAACUGCAGGCCGAGAUGGACCUGUGUGCCGAGGCCGACGAGAUGCGCAACCGGCUGGUGGCCAAGAAGCAGGAGCUGGAGGAGAUCUUGCACGACCUGGAGGCGCGGGUGGAGGAGGAGGAGGAGCGCGCCACUCAGCUGGUGACCGAGAAGAAGAAGAUGCAGCAGAACAUCUCGGACCUGGAGAACCAGCUGGAUGAGGAGGAGGCUGCCAGGCAGAAGCUGCAGCUGGAGAAGGUGACCAUGGAGGCCAAGCUGAAGAAGGUGGAGGAAGACGUCAUGGUCCUCGACGACCAGAACAACAAACUUUCGAAGGAGAAGAAGCUUAUGGAAGAGAGGAUCUCUGAGUUCACCACCAACCUUGCUGAGGAGGAGGAGAAGUCCAAGAGUCUGCAGAAACUGAAGAACAAGCACGAGGCCAUGAUCACUGAUCUGGAGGACCGCCUGCGCCGGGAGGAGAAGGGGCGUCAGGAGCUGGAGAAGAACCGGCGCAAGCAGGAGGGCGACUCCGCCGAGCUGUCCGACCAGAUCGCAGAGCUGCAGGCCCAGAUCGCUGAGCUCCGUGCCCAGCUGGCCAAGAAGGAAGAAGAGCUGCAGCAGGCUCUCGCCAGGAUUGAGGAGGAGGCUGCUCAGAAGAACAUGGCCCAGAAGAAGAUCCGUGAGCUGGAGGCCCAGCUGUCGGAGCUGCAGGAGGACCUGGACCUGGAGAGGGCUGCCCGCACCAAAGCUGAGAAGCAGCGUCGCGACCUGGGCGAGGAGCUGGAAGCCCUCAAGACCGAACUGGAGGACACACUGGACUCCACCGCAGCCCAGCAGGAGCUCAGGACUAAGCGUGAGGCUGAGGUGACCAGCCUGAAGAAGACCCUGGAUGACGAGGCCAAGGUGCACGAGGUCCAGGUGGCCGAGAUGAGGCAGAAACACGGCCAGGCCUUCGAUGAGCUCAAUGAGCAGCUGGAGCAGGCCAAGAGGAACAAGGUCUCUAUGGAGAAGGCCAAGCAGGCCCUGGAGAGUGAGCGCAACGAGCUGCAGAUCGAGAUGCAGACGCUGAUGCAGGGCAAGGGCGACUCGGAGCACCGGCGCAAGAAGGCCGAGGCUCAGGUGCAGGAGCUGCAGGUGAAGCACACCGAGAGCGAGAAGCAAAGGAUCGAGCUGGCCGAGAGGGUGGCCAAAAUGCAGGUGGAGCUGGACAAUGUGAAUGGACUCCUGAGCGAUGUUGAGGGCAAAUCCAUCAAGGCAACCAAGGACUGCUCCGCUGUAGAGUCUCAACUGCAGGAUGUUCAGGAACUGCUCCAGGAGGAGACGCGGCAGAAGUUGUCCUUCACCAGCCGCUUGCGUCAGCUGGAGGAUGAGCAGAACAACCUGAAGGAGCAGCUGGAGGAAGAGGAGGAGGCCAAGAGGAACGUGGAGAAGCAGCUGCUCAGUGCACACGGCCAGCUGGCAGAACUGAAGAAGAAGAUGGAGCAGGAGGCCGGUUGCCUUGAGAACGCCGAGGAGGGCAAGAAGCGUCUGCAGCGCGACCUGGAAGGGGUCAACCAGCGCCUGGAGGAGAGGUGCACCGCCUUCGACAAACUGGACAAGACCAAGACCCGGCUGCAGCAAGAGCUGGACGAUCUGCUGGUCGACCAGGACCACCUCCGCCAGAUCGUCUCCAACCUGGAGAAGAAGCAGAAGAAGUUCGACCAGAUGCUGGCUGAGGAGAAGUCCAUCUCUGCACGCUUCGCUGAGGAGCGUGACCGCGCCGAGGCCGAGGCCCGGGAGAAGGAGACGCGUGCUCUGUCUCUGACCCGCGAGCUGGAGACCAUCAGCGACAUGAAGGACGAGCUGGACCGCGCCAACAAAAUGCUCCGCGCCGAGAUGGAGGACCUGGUCUCCUCUAAGGAUGACGUCGGCAAGAAUGUCCAUGAGCUGGAGAAGUCCAAGCGCACCAUGGACCAGCAGCUGGAGGAGAUGCGCACUCAGCUGGAGGAGCUGGAGGACGAGCUGCAGGCCACCGAGGACGCCAAGCUCAGGCUGGAGGUCAACAUGCAGGCCAUGAAGGCUCAGUACGAGAGAGACCUGCAGGGCCGCGACGAGAUGGGCGAGGAGAAGAAGAAGCAGCUGGUCAAACAGGUGCGUGAGAUGGAGAUGGAGCUGGAGGACGAGAGGAAGCAGCGCUCUGUUGCCGUGGCAGCACGCAAGAAGAUGGAGCUGGACUUGAAGGAACUGGAGGCCGCCAUUGACAUGGCCAACAAGAACCGUGACGAGGCCCUCAAACAGCUCAAGAAACUCCAGGCCCAGAUGAAGGACCUUCUGCGUGAGCUGGAGGACACUCGCAUGUCCAGAGACGAGAUCCUGGCCCAGGCUAAGGACAACGAGAAGAAGCUCAAGAGCAUGGAGGCCGACAUGAUCCAGAUGAGUGAGGAACUGGCAGCUGCAGAGCGCAUGAAGAGACAGGCCCAGCAGGAGAGGGACGAGCUGCAGGACGAGAUCAACAGCCAGGCCAGCAAGAACGCCCUGAUUGCAGAGGAGAAGAGGAAACUGGAGUCUCGCAUUGCCCAGUUGGAGGAGGAGUUGGAGGAGGAGCAGUGCAACACCGAGCUGGUCAACGACCGCCUCAAGAAGGCCCUGCUGCAGAACGACCAGAUCAACGUGGAGCUGACGGCCGAGCGCAGUACCGCCCAGCGCCUGGAGGGGGCGCGCUCCCAGCUUGAGAGGCAGAACAAGGAGCUGAAGCUGAAGCUGCAGGAGAUGGAGAGCACCGUCAAGAGCAAGUACAAGGCCAGCAUCACCGCCCUGGAGGCCAAGAUCGCCCAGCUGGAGGAGCAGCUCGACAUCGAGACCCGAGAGAGACAGCAGGCCUCCAAGCUGGUGCGGCGCACGGAGAAGAAGCUGAAGGAGGUGGUCCUGCAGGUGGAUGACGAGCGACGUAGCGCUGAGCAGUACAAGGACCAGUCGGAGAAGCUGAACUCGCGCAUGAAGCAGCUGAAGCGUCAGCUGGAGGAGGCUGAGGAGGAGGCGCAGAGAGCCAACGCCAACCGCAGGAAGCUCCAGAGGGAGCUGGAGGAUGCCUCCGAGUCUGCCGAUGCCAUGAACCGCGAAGUCAACACCCUGAAGAGCAAGCUCAGGCGAGGGGACCUGCCCUUCACCAUGAGGCGCAUCGUGAGCCGUGCCGGCGUGGAGAGCGACGAUGAGAGCGAGACCAAGAGCGAGACCUCGGAGCCCAAGCCUGAGUGAAAACGCCCACAGUGCCCGCCUAGCUGCAGUGCCCACCUGCCUGCGUACUCUCAUACACACACACACACACACACACACGUAUACACACUACAUAACUUACACUCAUCGAAAGAAAAACACACUAAAAGGCGGACAAAACUGUCCACUGGUAUUACACACUCAUGCAUAAAAAACACACAAGUGCCAUUUUGCAAAAGUGGACAAUACAGUAACAUCCUCACAGGGAAGAGCAGAUGCCCCUUAAGAUACAACGCAGAUGUGAGAUGCCUGUACCUACCAAUGCCAUAUAUAUAUCUGUACUUAUUUUUUGUUUUGUUUUACUUUGAGAACCAUUGAGCUGACAAUCUAUCUACCUACAAACCAUACACUUACAGAUUAACUCUUCAUUUGACAAUCCUCCCUUAGAUAGCAACACUCACAUGUCAACAAGGACCAAAAUCUGUCGUUUCAUGUGAUUCUCUGGGAUAAAAAAGAAGUAUGAAUGCUAUUUUUGUAAGGAAACAUUCCAGUUAUGAUAGAGCUGUUCCUGGAUCUAUUUUUCUAACUGACCGAAGGAGGGAAAGAAGUAAGGAAGGACGUGUACAAAGGAGACAUUAAAAAAAGUGAAGUUGAAACUGAAGAUGAAAAACUAGAAGGGGACCAAAGUAAUAUCACAAAUCUGUAGACUUGUGUUUUAUUCUGAAGUUUUUAUAAUGAUUUAAGGAUGAAAGUACUACCCAUGUAUAAUGGCUCUUGCUAGCUCCCACUCUCUUACUUUCUUUUCUGUCUGUUUCUCUCUCUCUUCUCUCUCUCUCUCUCUCACACACACACACACCUCAUGGGUGGGAGAUAUCUGCUGCCAUGUGUACUGUAUGAAACGUAGCCGCGCUUAAGUACCUUAUCCAAGUACGCUUAUGGGCUGUAACCUGCUCGGGAACAUAACUGCAAACGUGCACAUAAGAACUUUAUGAAGAACGGGGCUAGAAGUAUAUUUGCACUGAGCAUAGUACAAGUAUUAAAAAGACUAUUCAGCUGCCAUUUACGCCUCUACACUGGUGCGAAUAAUCAUUGACAAAAGAAAACAUUAAGAAGCCUAUGCACAUGCCCAUGUAGUUCUGCCCGCAUGCACAACAGCCUUAAAUAGGUCCAGUCAAACGUAUGCGUUGAUUUAUCUGGAUCGUUGACUGUUCUGACUUUUAUUUUUCGUUUUUUUUAUAUAUAUAUACUGUCUUCACACAUGUUGUCUUUAGUAGCUUCUUUUUGACGCAAGGGGGAAAUCUGACCGGGGUGGAGGGGUAGAUUAUUAUAACUCACUGCACACACUGUAUUCUCAGGGCACUGCUGAGAGGGGGAACUUCUAUUUGGGUUUCUUUUUUCCAACCCAAAAACGGGACCUAGGCGGGAGGGGAGAGAAGGAAGGCUGUAACCACUCACAUGGUUUGAAGUUGGGACUCCCCUCUGCAGACGUACAUAGUGAUAGGUUAACCUAGGGGAGCAACACGGCAGGCCUACAAACCAACCCCUCAGUUGAGAAGGAGUUUUCGGUCUCUUGUCUCAUACAGGAGAGAAUGAAGGACAUGACUGAGGAGGGGGGGGGCUUACUUUAGUUGUGUUAAACACAGCGCUAUAUGGUGGUCAGGGGUUGUGCGGUCUGUCUGUGUGCUUUUUGACACCUGUCCCCAUCUUAGUACGUGCUCAGGGGUCGGCUUUCUUCGCUCACACUGCUGGGAAGUGAGAGGAAUCUAUUAUUAUUGAUGACUAUGAUUAGAAUAACGAGUUAUACUCUCACGUAAAUAAAUAAAAAAAUAAAAAAAGGAAAAAAAUGUCUUAAUUUUGUACUGUUUCUCUGCGGCUCUGGAAAAAAAUGUAUCUAGAUGGAUGAGUCAUGAAUUAUUGGUAUUGAUGCAAUAAAAUGGCUUUCUAAACUGCGA